AUGCCCAAGGGGCUGCAAUUUUCGGUGGACACGUGGACACCAUCUUCAAGGAGGAAGAGGCACCAUUUCCUUACCCAUGCCCACAAAGACCACUCACAGGGGAUUACUACCUACGCCUCUUACCCAGUCUACUCCACCAGGCUGACCAAAACUCUGCUUCUCCAAAAUUACCCUCAGCUUGACGAGUCAUUGUUUGUGGAUUUAGAGGUUGGGCAAUCUUUGAUUGUCGAGGAUCCCGAUUGCGAUUUCACAGUAACAGCGUUUGAUGCCAAUCACUGUCCGGGAGCCGUCAUGUUCUUGUUUGAGGGAAAUUUCGGUAACAUUUUACAUACAGGAGAUUGCAGGCUGACCCCUGAGUGUUUGCAAAGCUUACCAGAGAAGUAUAUUGGCAAGAAAGGGAAAGAACCCAAGUGUCGACUUGAUUAUGUCUUCUUGGAUUGCACAUUUGGUCAAUGUUCUAUGAAGAUGCCCAGUAGGCACAUCGCAAUCCAACAGAUUAUCAAUUGCAUAUGGAAACACCCCAAUGCCCCUACAGUGUAUUUGCAUUGUGAUCUUCUCGGUCAAGAGGAGAUACUUGUGGAAGUGUCGCAAACAUUUGGUUGCAAGAUAUUUGUCGAUAAAGCAAAACAUCCAGAAUGCUUUAAUGCCCUGGAACUUACAGCUCCAGAAAUUCUGUCACAAGAUUCGUGCUCCCGUUUCCAGUUAGAUGGAUUCCCCAAACUAUAUGAAAAGGCUGAAGCAAAAAUUGCCGAGGCUCGUGCUAAUUAUCAGCAGGAACCUCUAAUAAUACGCCCUUCUGCGCAGUGGUUUGCAUGUGAUGAAGGUUUUUCACAGACUGAAAAGAGGAGAAAAGAAAGACCCGAUCAAGCUGUCAGGGAUCUUUAUGGUGUUUGGCAUGUAUGUUACUCGAUACACUCGUCCAGAGAAGAAUUAGAGUGGGCUCUGCAACUUCUUGCACCCAAGUGGGUUGUGUCAACAACACCUAGUUGUAGGGCUAUGGAGCUGAAUUAUGUUAAGAAACACUGCUUCAAAAAUCAAGGAGCUUCUGAUGACUCCUUAUGGAAACUUCUGGACAUCGGUGUAGCAGCAUCAUCAGUGGCUUCAGACAUAUCGAAUAAAAGCUUGAGUGGUUCGUCUGAGGUUGAAAAGACUUCCGAGAGCUACGUAGAACCUCAAUCUGAACCGAUUGUCAUAUCUAGUAGUCAGAGAAAACGAUUGAGUGUGUCUCCUCCAAGUAAAAGACCCAUCACAUUAUUCGGAAAAGCAAGGCUUGGGCUCCAGGAGUCUGUUCUUGGCCAAGAUGUGGAGGAAAUAGUGUCCACGAGUAGUAAUCAUGCAGAGAGAGUUUCCACUGAAACAGUAAAUGCAUCGUUUCAACAGGAUGAAGUUGUUGAAAUGAAUAGUGUAAAGUCGUUGGAGAUAAAGAUUUCGGUAGGCUUUAAGGAAACAAAAUGUCAGUCAACAGAGAUUAAGAAAUGUGAUGAUGUUUCACCCAUUGGAUCAUCAAAGAGCUAUAAUGCAAACUUGAGAAAGUUUUACCGGUCUAUGAAUGUGCCAGUACCUCGGCCACUCCCGUCCCUCGUGGAGCUUAUGAAGCUCAACAAAGGUGCCAAGAGGAGGCAAUGA